GCUAUUGAUUUAGUGUUAGCUCACAGUCCAACUAAAACUAAAUCUAAAAUUUAAAGUACAAAUAUUUAUUCUUGCAAAAAGAAAGUGCAGCUAGCGACAGCAGAAACAGAUGUACGAAGUGAAACAACCCACCAAGAACUGAACUGAUCCUCAGGGAUCAACCUCAGGGGAUUGGAACUAUCAAAAACAACCGCUCCGACCCGUGAUAAAUGAUAAAUGUUAAUCAACAAUGUCUCACAAGAAGAAAAUGCUGAAGCUUUUGCUGUCAAACACGCUCUCCACUCAUUUAGAGAUAAAACAAAAAGCCUUUGAGGAACUGGAGACUGAAUUCUGCGAUAAUGAGAGCACUCUGGCUCUGUGCGAACUUCUUGGCUUACAGCACCCUGCAGAGCUGCGUCUGUGCGCUGCAGAAAUGUUAAGCAAGCGACUGUCUCCAUUCGAACAGUGGAAAGAACUCUCAACGGACAAGCAGGGCAAUGUACAGACAAUGCUCUUCCAGGCACUGCAGUCACUGAGCGACUACGAAGACUUGGCUGUUCAGCAGCUGAUUGUGCACAAUGUCAGCAUUCUGAUGGAACACGAACGAACCAACAGCAGUGACGGCAAUGAGGGCAGAUGGACGGAUGCCGUGUUUCAGUACGUGGAGGCGAUUUGUCUCUCCAGCGAGAUUGAGCUGCGGAAAUUGGGUGUCACGGUGCUGGGCCUGAUGGCCGAUGUGUCGCCUGAUGUUUUCAUUCAACAAAUCGAUCGAGCUCAGCGGAUUGUCGUGAAUGGCCUGCGGUUGGCUGACGAAAGGAAUUUGCUGGGCACAACAAUAUCAGAAUGUCUGUGCAAAGUGUGGAGCAGAUCACUGUCCUUAGGUCACACGCAUUUGACGGAUCGGACUGCACUGUCAGCCUCGCUGCCAUUCGUCAUGAAAACACUGAGAGUGGUAGCCGCUCAGGAGCCACCAGAUCGGGGGCAUGGCAUUUUUGAAUUGCUCCAAACUCUAUUGGAAUUCACACCCGAAGUGGUACAGUCCCAGUUGUCAGUCGUGCUGGAGGAUCUGCUACCCAUGAUCGAGGACAUCACUCUGAGCAAAGCACUUCGCGUAUAUUCCAUUGAGUUGCUGGGUUGCCUCUUACUCCUCUCGCGACGCGACAUAAUCCGUCGAGGCUGGAUGAACAGAAUUCUCAUUUCACUGCACAGUUUGUUUGUGGAGCGAGUUUUAGAAUUGGAAAGCGAGUUUGAUGAGGAAACACCAGAUGUACUCGCUCCUGGUAUUCAUGUGCUGCUGGAGCUACUCCAGCAAUCAUCCACCGCCAAAAUGGCAUCCCGAGCACUCCAACUCAUUGAGCCCAUAAUGCAAGAGCAGGAGCAACAUUCCGAGACACAACGCAGUGGCACACAAUACUUUCUGGCGGUGCUGGUCGAGGGAUUCGUUCAUCAAUUAGAUCAACCAACUAUGAAUCGUUCCAUGGCCAUUGUGCAGAGCGGACAUUCGGACUCAAGUUUAGUUGUGAGUCGGGCCUCAUAUUUUGCAAUGGCAAAAAUGGUCGAGUGUCUGCAACCGAAAAUCACACAGCAGGCCGAUGCAGUAUUCCCUAUUUUCUUCAACUAUCUGGAGACGAACACAGGAUCGGAGAAUAAGCGACUCUCGAAGGGGGAAUUGAUUAAAAAUUCCGACAUUUUCUACGCCCUGGAAACCUUCAUCGAGAGCCUGAGACCAAGAGCACUUGGGGCGCACUUACCCGGCCUUAUUUCUCUGCUUCUGCCUUACGUUCAAGCGGCAAAGAAUUCCUUGUGGAUGCAACACCUGGCGCUGCGUUGUAUUGCGGCUCUGGCACGGAAAACCAAGACUUCAUUUGAACCAUACUUUGAUGCAGUUUGCGAUGUUGCUCGAGCAUUAACUAAUACAGCGGCUAAUAGGAAUGAUGAGCUGAGAACUAUACUCAGAGCUCAAUCUUUGAAGCUCAUUGCCACAUUGGCUCGUGUGAGUCGAGAGAAAUUCGCUAUACUCUCCCCCCAGUUAAUGGACUUAUCCAUGGCACUCAUGCAGGACAUGGACACUGCCGAGGAUAUAAUCUUUAUGUACCCACUGAUGGCCGAACUGUCUGCAGUGGUGCCCGAACAGUUUCAAGAGCCCUUCCCUGUUAUAAUCCGUAAUCUGUUUCAAACUAUUGAUCGUCUGAACGCAGACGGAGGCAGCACUCACAGCUUCAGCAACACUUUCACGGACAUCGAUGACUCAGAUGAGCGCGAGGAAGCUCUUCGCUGCAUUCAGAGCUUUGCUGUCCACUUGCCGGAUCUGCUAUUUCCCUAUAGAUCGAAGGCCCUGCGAUGUGCACUUAAGUGCGUCUCACAUAGAAAGAAACUCGUUCAGAGAGCCGCCUUCGAAGUGCUCUCUAAGAUCCUGCAGCUGGAGUGGAAAAGUUGGAAUCUCCGCAGAGCCAAGAAGCUGUGCCGGAAAGUGUUUCCACCUCUGCUGGAGUUCAUGGAGUCGUCCAGUGAUGCUGCCAAUGCCAAUGCCGUACUAUCCGUCGUUCGCCUACUGCUGGAUAACCCAAAGAUCCAAUGCCGAGCGCUCAAAAGCUACGCGAGUGAGCUGCUCAGCCUUAUGCAGAAGAUCCUGCAACGUCAACUCCGUUGCCAGGCUGUCAACGAUGAUACUCAGCGCAUAGAAACCUGCAGUGAGAUUGUUUGCCAGGAGAAACAGUUGCUGGAACUGGUGGGCGAUGUGUUGCCCAUUCUUGGCUACACAGUGGGACCGAAGGAGUUUGACGUUUACUUUCGGCGGCUGGUCAUGCACUGCGAACGGAGGUGCCUGAGGCAACUAGAGAAGGGAAAUAUUACCAGUCAUCAGUCUCUCAUCGUGAAUGUCCUCUCACGUUGCUUCGUUCAGCUGGGCAACAAGGGCAGGCCCUACUACAAUAUCCUUUGCAAUGGCAUCAUCGCAGGACUGCUCGAUGAUCAGCAGGAGGUGCGACGGCGAAGCUUGUUCUCCCUGAAAGUGAUGAUCCUCAAUGCCGAGAAUAUGCUGAAACACAUCAUAAAUGCAGUCUCGAACGCAAUGAUCACCGCUCUAAAGCCAGACACGUUGCUCUCGCUGGAAGAGCAGGAUCAUGUCUGCGGUUUGCUCUGCCUCAUGAUCAUCAUCGAUCACCGGCAUUGCCCCGUUGAGCAGUUUGUUGAAGCGAUCAGCCGCCAUAUUCCCUUUGCCGUGGUCCGUACUGAAUACGUUACUGUGAGUCGUUGUCUGAUGGUGCUCUUUGAGCAUUACUAUGGGUACAUCCGACCACACUUGUCCAAGGUCCUUCAAUUGAUCAACUCGCUGCUGGAUAGAAGGGAAAGAUCGUAUCAAUGGUACCUCAAGUGGUCCAAGCUGCUACUUUUGAUACGCAAGAAAAAUUCUGAAUCUCGUAUCAACGACAAAAAGCAGACUGAACUCGUAAGCAACGAGAUGGAGCAGACUGACCUCUGUUGCAACGAAGAGGAGCAGCUUGAGCUGUUCAUCUGCCCUACCUACAAACAUAAAAACAUUUGUUAAAUUUUCAAAUUUUCAAAUUUUUUUCUUU